UUCAAACCAUUUAAAAUUAAGAAAAGAAAAAAUUAUGGUUCCUGCCAGAAGACAUAUAAGACUGUCAGUCCGAUGAUGAAGUAUGAAAUUAAAUCAUGAAUCAUGUUGGAUAGUAUUAUGAAAAUUUACAAAAACCUUUCAAGUCCGCGCCGCGCCGUACGUCAAGAGGCUGCUGCAGAAAAGAUGUUCUAGUCAGAUUGCACUCGCUUUCUGUGGCAAAUCCAUUUCGGUUUGGAUCUUGGGCAUUAUUUUGUGGCCUCUGCUAGAUACCGAACAGCUGACAAGUGGUACUUCUCGGAUAAUACUCAACAGAAAUGGUGAAGCGAUCUGCCCGUGCGGCAGGCCGACGGCCAGCCACUCGUCGCCGAGUCGAUCCUGUCGUCCAAAGCGAUGCUACCAGUGGGGACUCUUCGGAUGAAAGCGCUGCGGAAGCUCCACUCAACCAACCAACCGGACAGGAAAAUGACGAGGAGCGUUCUCAUUCCACUCCUGAACCUCCAAACCUCACUGCUGAAGAUGAACUUGAGACUGCUGAGGAUGCUGAAGAAGUUGAGAAAGAAGUAGAGAAAGAUACUGAAAAGGCUGAAACUGGUUUCGGCAGUACUCUGUCAGAUGACGCCAUGUCAGAUGAUGGAGGUGCUUCAGUGCACUCAAGUGAAGGAAGUUCUUUAGAAGAUCCGGAUGAAGACGGUCCCUCUACAGCAGCAGCUUUACAGAAGCUGAAUGCUUCCUUUGAAGAGCCAGCAUUUGAUCGUGACUCAGAUGCAAGUGACAAUGAGUUUGAUGAUGACUUAGAUGACACAGAUCCAUCACUUUAUUUUGGUGCGCCCAUCACUCUCAAUGAAAGCAUGCUGUCCAUAUUAACUUUAGCUUUCUCCCACAAUCUGUCAAGAUCUUGCUUGGAUGACAUUUUGCAGUUAAUUUCUAUUCAUUGCCCCCCAUCCAACCUGUGCACAAAUAAUCUACGGUUGUUCAAAAAGCAUUUUGCCAAGAGUAAGUCUCUGGUUGUUCGGCACUAUUACUGCACAACUUGUUUCGAAAGUUUAAAGAGUAAGACGCAAGUGUGUGGCCAGUGCAAUCAACGGAGAGGAGUUGCAUUCUUCAUUGAAGUUCCUGUGCUUCCUCAGCUUGAAGCACUAUAUGGCAGAGCGGGCUUUCACAAGUUGUUACUCCAAAGACUAAACAGAAAUAAGCAGGGAGUAAGUACUUAUGAUGAUAUAUACGACGGUCAAAUUUACAAGAAUUUGAGUGCCAGGGGCAACAUACUUGCUGAACCUAACAACAUUUCCUUCACCUGGUACACCAAAGGAGUGAGCAUUGCCAAACCAUCUGACAAUCAAAUUUGGCCAUUUUAUUUAGUGAUCAAUGAAUUGCCGUUUGUUGAGAGAUCUAAACCAGAAAAUGUGAUACUUGCUGGAAUCUGGUUUGGGCCUCGCAAACCUGUGCCUCAUCUUUUCCUGAAAGGAAUCCGAGAAGAUUUCCAUUCCCUGAACAAAGGGGUGCAGUUCAAGGUUCCCGAAAAGUCCGACCCUGUGUUAGUCAAAGGGAUCGUCAUCUGUGGCACCUGUGAUCUCCCCGCCAAAGCGUUGUUUCUCAAUUUGUCGCAUCACACCAGUACCUUUGGAUGCGCAAGGUGCAAGGUAAGAAGUGUCAAGGAGAACAAUCAGGGAAUAUAUAAGUUUCAACGGUACCCUCAGAAGAGAACUUAUGAUGAGACUAUUGUGCAUGCACAGAAAGCAAUGAAAGCAAGAAGAUCGGUGUAUGGAGUGAAAGGCACUAGUGCUUUAUCGUUUGUGCAUCGCCCUAUUGAAACAACAGCAAUUGACAUGCAUGACACAUACAUUGGAAUCUCAAGACUUUUGAACAAAAUUCACUUCAGUGAGGACAAUCACAAGCACCCAGCUUCCUUGUUUGGGUUCUUGCCGCUGUAUGACCGCCGGCUUUGUGCAAUCAGACCACCAUACUAUGUUGAAAAACUUCCCCGAUCCUAUGCUACUUAUGGAAGUUCAUGGGAUGCCUCUGAGCUGAAAGUUAAUUUGAUGAUGUAUUCUCUUCCACUGCUGCAAGAUAUUAUGUCUGUGUAUCAUUUUGAACAUCACAUGCUGCUUGUGUAUGGCUUGUACUUGUUAAACAAGGACUUUGUGACUGAGCAAGAUCUCGACUCAGCUACUGAAAUGCUUACAGAUUAUUGUAGUAGGUUUCAAGAUCUGUAUGGAAGUUCUUUCAUGACAUCUUAUGUUCAUCUACUCAUGCAUCUUUCUUCUGUUGUGAAGGAUUUUGGCCCAUUAUGGGUCACUUCAUGUUCUCCUUUUGACAGGCUGAAUGAGACAUUGAGAAAAUAUGCUCUAGGUAAUCAGCAAGAAGACUUGCAGGUUACAUCAGCUGCUUCACUGUUUCUGCAUGUGUCAAAACUUAAGCCUGUGCAAGCAGGUGCUGGAAGACCAGCUCAUGUGUUUUGUGAAAAAUUGUCCAGGAGUGGGAAGAAGCUUGAAGUUUCUUGUAUGUAUGGGCAUUAUGGUCUUGUGGGGAAACUUCACCGCACUUCCAUUUUGCCUGAAAUUGUGUAUGUUGCCCUUGCCCCUUUAAAAUUAAGUAGUCACAAUUUUUAUCUGUUUGACAGAAUAUUGAAUACUCGUAAGAACACACUGUUCUCUUCUGUUGCUUAUGAUGAGGGUUCUAAAAACAUUUCAUCUUGUGUCCGCUAUCAAAAGAAUAAUGGAGUAUUUUAUGGCAGAGUUCAUACAUAUUUGAGGGUUUCAGAUUGUGACUGCGAUGAUCUGUGCACUGAUUGCAACCCUAGUUUCUUUGCAAUUAUUCAGAAACUGCAUGUGCAGCCUGCAUACCGCGCAGAGCCAGGUGGAUUUAUUCCAUUCAUCCAUCGAUGUGCGGAUAUGAAUGAGUAUGAAGCGGUUCGUGUCGAAUGUCUGUCAUUUGUUUGCUUCUUGAUUGAAAUCGAGGACAGGCAUGAUGCGUUCAUUGUUGAACCUAUCACUACUGGCUGUGUUGAUUGAAAGGCACUUCAUGAUUUUUUUUUAGGCCUUUGCUUAUUGUGUUUUAUAUUUUCUGAAAGGAUUAUUUUAUCAAUAUCAUUGUAAUUUGUUUUUAUCAAGAAACCAAUUGUUUUAACUUUUAAGAGUCAUGUAGUAUUUUUUAAAGACGGCCUUCAAAAUAAAUGAUUUAAUUAUACAAAA